ACUCUUGACUCCAUUAAUCUAAACCACACACAGAGAGACUCAUAUACCGUACGACACUUAUUUUUCCACAUAUAAAGACAUUGAACACUCGGAAGCUUAUCGAAGAUGGAGUGGACUUGGCUGGAGAGUGUGUCGUCGAACCGGCAGAGGGUCGUGGAGGAGUUGGUUCAAGGUCGGGAGAUGGUGAAUCAGCUUCAGAGGUGUCUUAGUGGUGACGUCAGAUCGGCGGAGGGUCUUGUUACGAAGAUCUUGGGGUCGUUCACAAACACCCUUCGUAUCUUGAAUGGGAGUGAAGAGGCUAAAGAGGAGCUCAUCUCUCAGAUUCAAGCCAAUAGUCCUACUAGUACUGUUACUGCUGCUGCUGGUGCCGAUUCAUCGUCUUGGGAUGCUCUUGAUGAUGCUGUUAAGUCCGAGGAUUCGAAUGAAGAGAGUUACAAGAGUACCGAAACGUUCAAGGAUCGCAGAGGUUCAUACAAGAGAAGAAAAACUUCACAUUCAUGGACCAAAGACACUCUGGAUUUAGUGGACGAUGGUCAUGCAUGGAGGAAGUACGGACAAAAGAUGAUCCUGAAUACUAGACAUCCAAGGAACUACUUCAGGUGCACUCAUAAGUUUGAUCAAGGCUGCAAAGCAACCAAACAUGUGCAGAGGAUUAAAGAUGAACCCCAACUCUUUCGGACCACAUACUAUGGCAAUCACACAUGCACUGACUAUCUCAGAGCUCCUGAGCUCAUCUUAGAUUCUUCAAGUUCUCAAGACUCUCCCAAGAAUAUGAUCAGAUUCGACAACACCAACAACGACUUCACCCGCAAACAAGAACAUCCCUUUUUCUCAUCCUUCACAUCGAUCAAAAAUGAGAGCGUCAAGGAAGAAGAGAUGAUCACACCAAGUAAUGAUCAUGAUCAUGUGAUUCACCACAACCAACAAUUGUCGUCGUGUGACUAUCUCAUGUCGCCUGGUCUAGGAGUGUUUGAGUCGUCCGCAUCGACUAUCGCAUAUGAUCACGAGGAUGUGAUUUCUAGGAUAAUGGUGGGAUACUUUGACGAUGAAGUAGAUUUUCCAUAUGAAUUUUGAUGAGCAUGCACUUGUAUUUUUGUAAUUUGUCUUUUAGGAAAAGUCACAUUUUCAGUUUCUGUUGAAGUAAAAUUAGUUGCUUUCUCAGUGUAAAAUAUUUUGUAAACACUUGACGGAUCAUCCAGAAAUAGAAGCGACGAAUUAUUUUUUCUUGUUAA